AUGACUGAAAUAAAUGAAUCAAAGUACAAUUAUUAUCAAUUUUUCAUAAAACUGCCAUUACAUCUCUUGGCCCUUUCCUUGGGUGGUGACCGGUGCCAGCAAGAAAAAAAAGGAGGAAAACGGGAAACCGAUUUUCCUCGCGUUGACAACCCAUUUUCCGACCACCGGCGAUCAGCGAUGGCUUACCGGAGGCGGCAGCAAGUCGGCCGGACUGACAGUUCCUACUCCAACAAUUACGACUUUGCCCCUCCGCGUGAUGGCAAUGCAUCGGCGUCCCCCGCAUCCUCGCUCGCCGCCAGAGCCGUCGGAGCUUCAGCUGCGUACAGGGAUUCGUCUCUGUCCUCCGCCUACGAACACUCCACCGUCUUCUCUCCGCGAGAUUCUUCGCAUUCCUCUGGCAAGGAUCAACCCCUCUAUGAAUCCCCAAAAAAGAAGAACAUGAAUGAAUCUAGGCAAGGGUUCUGGAGGGAUCUUGCUCAGAAAGCUAAAGCGAUUCUUGAUGAUGAUAAUGUGUCUGGGAGCACUAAAAGGGAUCAGCAUUACGACACAUACAAUUCUUCAGAAAGCCAUCAAAAGACUGACAGCCCUUCAAUAAAGAAGAAGCUUGGUGCACUCAAGUCAUCCCUUAAUCACAUUGGUGGCACCAUUGGUAAUGCUCUUGAGGAGGGUAUCACAGCAGUGGAGAAUCGUACUGCUGACAUCAUUCAAGAGACUCGUAAUAUUCGCUUGACGAAAAAGGGUGGUAGCUCGAUAGCCCAGAAUCAGGAUUCAGAGCAUGGUAGCUUGCGGCAAACUCGUAGGCAGCCUCAGUUUCAGACCCACACUGAUUUGGAAACUCAACUGAAGGCAUCUCGUGAUGUUUCAAUGGCAAUGGCUGCAAAAGUAAAACUUCUCCUGAGGGAGCUGAAGACCGUAAGGCUUCAGCUCGAGACCCUUCUAACUGAGAAAUCAAGGCUUGCACAUGAGAAUUCAGUCUAUGCACGAGAAAACCGUUUCCUUAGGGAAAUUGUCGAGUAUCAUCAGCUGACCAUGCAGGACCUGGUAUAUUUUGAUGAAGGCAAUGAAGAGAUUACUGAAGUGUAUCCAAUCAAAAUAGAUACACAAUCUGUUGUUGGCACAUUGCCUUCACCUACUCCAAUCCCAACAAUUCCUGAAGGUGCGAUUUCUUGAGUUGCAAAGAAUGUGUCUUAAUGUCUAGAAAACCGGAAGAAGAUUUGAGAAGUCACUGAAAGUGAACCCUUCACUUUCAGCACAUACGUGUUUCUUGUUUAUAAGCAGGUUUGUGUCGGGUAUUUUCAUCAUUGUUUUGUUGCAGCAUACUUCUACAUAUUUGCUGAUGCUUUUUAUCAAAACUCUAUCUGUUGUUGUUAUAGGGUACAGAGAGCUAAAACAAUUCUUUGUUGUCAUUAUAGGAUCAAGGGGUUAGAAGGGGUUUGCUAUGUAUUGUAUUUUUAUUUGUUUUUUGUCUUUUUCCUUUUUAUCGUUUUUUGGUAUUUUCUCCUUUUUGCCCUUUGGUGUCUCUUUGGAUGCUGAUGAGUACUUCAUUAAGAUGUUGGAGGGGCAGAAUAAGAAUAUCACGUUAUAAUGUUAUUCUCUUUUCAUCAUCUUUUGCAUAUACAAGGAAUGAGCUACUCGGGUUUUGAUGACUUUCCCUUUGUUUCCUUAUUGUUUUUCUUGGAGGAGUGUGGAAAGGUUGUUCAGGAAAACAAUGAUUUUGAUAGUGUCAUUGUUAAUGAAAUGAGAUGUAAUCUUGAUGGUUGAUGUGAUUAGUUUUUUAAAAUGUGAUUUAUAUUAUUGUUGGUGAUUAAAAUUUGAAGAGUUGAAUGAAUAGUUGCG